AUGGAACCAAGGAAUCGAACUAGCACGGCUGAAUUCAUCCUUCUGGGUCUUUCAGAGAGGCCAGAGCGAGAGACCCUCCUCUUUUCUCUGUUCCUCUGCAUGUAUGUGGUCACAGCCGUGGGCAACCUGUUGAUCAUCGUGGCCAUCAGCUCGGACUCCCACCUCCACACGCCCAUGUACUUCUUCCUGGCCAACCUCUCCUGGGUUGAUUUCUGCCUGGCCACCGACACUGUCCCCAAGAUGCUGGUGAACAUCCAGACCAAGAGCAGGUCCAUCUCCUAUUCUUGCUGCCUGACCCAGAUGUACUUCUUCCAUUUCUUCGGCAUCAUGGACAGUGUCCUAAUAGCCGUGAUGGCUUAUGACCGCUUUGUGGCCAUUUGCCAUCCCUUACACUAUGCCACCAUCAUGAGCCCACGCCUCUGUGGCCUCCUAGUGGGUGGCCCGUGGCUGUUCUCCUGCCUCAUCUCUCUCACCCACAUCCUUCUCAUGACUCGCCUGGUUUUCUGUGGCCACAACGAGCUGCCCCACUACUUCUGUGACCUCACUCCCCUCCUCCGGCUUUCCUGCACGGACACAACUGCCAACAAGAUCUUCGUGCUCCUCGUGGCUGGGAUGGUGAUAGCCACGCCCUUCGUCUGCAUCCUGGCCUCCUACGCUCGCAUCAUCGUGGCCGUAGCGAAGGUCCCCUCUGCGGGUGGCAGAAGGAAAGCUUUUUCCACCUGCGGCUCCCACCUCUCCGUGGUAGCUCUGUUCUACGGGACGACCAUUGGGGUCUACCUGUGUCCCUCCUCUGUCCGCACGGCCGUGAAAGAGAAGGCUUCGGCCGUAAUGUACACAGCAGUCACCCCUAUGCUGAACCCCUUUAUCUACAGCCUGAGAAACAGGGACCUCAAGGGGGCCCUGAGGAAGCUCAUCUCCAGGAAGAUCACCUCGUCUCCAUGA